AUUGUUUUGAGUAAGAUGAAACUGGGAGCACUUUGCUUAACAUGGGGUCCGUUCCCCUAUACUCUACUCAUUCAUCCGCAGCACUACGAAGCAGCACACGCUUUUGCAAAACUCUAUCUCAGCCGAGAGGGUAAUGGCAAAAGAAGAAACCAGUUAGUAGGUUACUCGAGUGCGAAAAGCCGAUCAUCAGUGUACCAUAAUCAGUUGAGACGAAAAGACGAACCCGCAGUCCGCGUCAUGUGGUUGGUUUACCUAGUGUGGAUAGUUGUUUUCAUUCUACUAGCCGGUUUUCGAUGGGUCAGAAGAAGAUUUGAUUUUUGGAAAGAUCGUGGCGUCGAGUACAUCGAACCGGAGUUUCCGUUCGGAAAUUUCAAGACCCUAGGCAAAGUGGAACACAUUGCACCUAUUACGCAGCGACACUAUGACUACUUCAAGCAGAAAGGUGUCCCAUAUGGCGGUGUUUUCAUGCUGACUUCGCCUCUGCUGUACAUCUUAGAUACGAAACUGAUCAAAACACUGCUGGUGAAGGAUUUCAACUACUUCCCCAAUCGGGGUGUAUACUUCAACGAGAAAGAUGACCCACUGUCGGCGCAUAUGUUCGCAAUUGAAGGGACCAAGUGGAAGACGCUUCGUAACAAACUGUCGCCUACGUUUACGAGCGGACGAAUCAAGAUGACCUUCCCGUUGGUUGUGGGGGUGUGUCAGCAGUUCUGCGAUCACCUUGGAGAAGUGGUGCAGCAAAGUAACGAGGUGGAAAUGCAUGAUCUUCUAUCCAGAUAUACGAUCGAUGUCAUCGGAACGUGCGCUUUUGGGAUCGAUUGCAACAGUUUUCGUGAGCCGGAUAACGAGUUCCGCAAGUAUGGAAAGAUCGCGUUCGAUAAGCUUCCUCAUUCGCCGCUGGUCGUGUACCUGAUGAAGGCCUUCCGGAGCUACGCAAAUGCUCUCGGAAUGAAACAGUUACACGAAGACGUUUCCUCGUUUUUCUCCAAGGUGGUCAAGGAUACGAUCGAGUAUCGCGAGUCUAAUAAAGUUGUGAGGAAUGACUUUAUGGAUUUGCUGUUGAAGUUGAAGAACACCGGUAAACUGGAAGAGGCCGGUGAAGAAAUUGGAAAACUAUCGUUCGAAGAGAUCGCAGCUCAGGCAUUUAUCUUCUUCACUGCCGGUUACGACACUUCGUCCACCGCAAUGACUUACACCCUGUACGAGUUGGCACGGAACCAAGAAGCGCAGGAAAAAGCACGAAAAUGUGUGCUAGACAUCUUUGCUGCAAACAAUGGCACCCUCACGUACGAGUCCGUCGGCAAUAUGGGUUAUCUCGAUCAGUGUAUAAACGAGACGCUUCGCAAGCAUCCUCCGGUGGCUAUUUUGGAACGAAAUGCCGAUAGGGACUACCAACUGCCGGACAGCGAUAUUGUUAUCAAGAAGGGUAGGAAAAUAAUGAUUCCCACCUUUGCCAUGCAUCACGAUGCGGAUCAUUUCCCCGAUCCGGAUCGGUACGACCCGGACCGGUUCUCGGCGGAGCAGAUGGCCAAGCGCGAUCCGUAUUGUUAUUUGCCGUUUGGGGAGGGACCUAGGAUAUGUAUCGGAAUGCGAUUCGGCACUAUUCAAGCUCGGGUUGGAUUGGCGAGCCUAUUGAAGAGAUUUAGAUUUGGUGUAUGCGAUAAGACGCAGAUACCGGUCAAAUACUCGAAGACAAAUUUCAUUUUGGGCCCUGCCAAUGGAGUCUGGUUGAGAGUGGAGAAACUUUAAGCACCAUACUGGCUAUCUGUCGCAUUAAUAAUGUUAACAAAAAAACUGAUAUUUAAGGAAUAAACACAGUUUUGGGCAACCCAUUGAUUCAUA